CUCAGGCCUCCUUGGCUCGGUAGUCCUGGUUGCUUGUCCUCCUCCAGGAAUAGCCUGGAAUCAGAGGAAGCAGUUGCAGCCACUUGUGUAGGACUCAGCUCCGCCAUGCCGAAGUGUCCCAAGUGCGACAAGGAGGUGUAUUUCGCUGAGCGAGUGACAUCACUAGGCAAGGACUGGCAUCGCCCCUGUCUGAAGUGUGAGAAAUGUGGAAAGACAUUGACCUCUGGGAGCCAUGCCGAGCAUGAAGGCAAGCCCUACUGCAACCAUCCCUGCUACUCAGCCAUGUUUGGUCCCAAAGGCUUUGGGAGAGGUGGAGCCGAGAGCCACACUUUCAAGUAGAUCCAGGUUGUGGGAACCCUCCCUACCCGCCCAGGCACGUGCCAGGCCUUAACCUUGGACAGCGGGGGCUCUCAGUAGCCCUUCAUGCCCUUAAUAAACCUGAUCUUUUGGAAGA